CACACACGUCGCCGCGUCUGCACGCUUUACUAUUAAUACCGCAGCCGUACGCUCGCAGAAGCCAGUGGACUGGAUGCCGGAGGGCGAAGGCGGAUUAAGCAACAGACGCCCAAAUUUGGCAUCCCCCCCCAUCAUCCUCCUCCUCCUCUCCGCCAUGUGGAUUGGAGAGACAUGGAUUGAUGAAGAGCGAUAGAGCACGCGCGGGAGAGGGAAAGUGGGGGGGACUGCAGUACACGCAGGGUCUGGAUGAAUAACCAUGGCAACAGCAGCAGCAGCGGCAGCAGCCGUCGUAGUCCUGCAAGCUGAGAUAUAAACAUUGCACAGGAGCGCAUCCAUCUGCAUUAACUCUCUGGAUCGUCUCACUUCCUGGAUCGCUGUUAAGGUGAUGACUGGGACGAUAUCAUGUCUGAAGUUCAGGGAACGUUGGAGUUUUCCAUAGAGUUGCACAAGUUUCACAAUGUGGAUCUUUUUCAGAGAGGGUUCUACCAAGUCCGAACGGGGUUGAAGGUUUCCCCUCGCGUGCUCCACAGGUUAAUAGUGACGGCGCAAGACAAUGCAGCAGGCGAAUGCAGCUUCAGCUCCCCGGGGGUGUACGACGGCGUCGUGUUCAGCCGGAUCUUCCAGAUCCUUUACAGGAACGAGGAUAUCGCUGUCAACGACAGCAUGGUCUUCAAAGUGCAUCUGCUGCUGGAUGGAGAGCGGCUGGAGGAGGCCCUCGGCGAAGUGGACUUCCAGUUGAAGCUGGAUCUUCACUUCACCGACAACGAGCAACAGUUGGCCGACAUGGUCUCGGUCCCGUUGAUCAGCAGCCGAACCCUCAACCUGCACUUCCACCCGCAGAGAGGCUUGCAUCACCACGUUCCCGUCAUGUUCGACUACUUCCACCUGUCCGUCAUUUCCGUGUCCAUCCACGCCUCACUGGUUGCCUUACAUCAGCCUCUGAUCAGCUUUGCUCGCACGGGGAAGGGCUCCUGGCUGGGAAGAGGCUCAGCGGAGAGCACCGCCGAGCCAGAUGCCGUCUCUGUGGAAAACCUCGUCUUGGGAGCGGGCUACUGCAAGCCCAUCAUCUCCGAGGGGAGCUUUUAUGUGCCCAGUGAGGACUGCCUGCAGAGAGCGCACACUUGGCACAGAAGACUCUGUCGCCUUCUGCUGGCGGCGCACGCUGCGCUCAACAGCUAUUGCACCGCGUUGAUGAAGGAAGUGCCGCAGCUCCAGCAGAUGCCGCUGGACACAGAAGUCCUGCCAGUGGAAGAGACGCUAAAUCAGCUCGCAAUAGAGUUACAGCUGCAAGAGGGCCGCGAGAAGGUGGCCGAGCAGAUCAGCGCAGACGUGGGCCACCUCUGCACGCAGCUGAGCGCUCUGUGGAGUGGCUUUCUGGAAUCGGCCGUGCUCAACCCGCAUGUCCUCUCCUACUUGGCUCAGGAGCAUCACACGCUCAGGGUGAGGAGAUUUUCGGAGGCAUAUUUCUUCACAGAGCACCCCAAAGAGACAUCGCUGCUAUUUCAAGAGGAGCUAAUCAGCAGACAGGGCCAGAUUGCCGCAGAAGUGCGCUCUUCAGACUACUUGGCCAAAAUGCCUCCUUUACCUGUCGAGUGCCUGGACAUUGAUGGAGACUGGAACAGCCUUCCCAUCAUCUUUGAGGACCGAUAUGUGGAGUUUGCUCCAAAAGACUUGGCGCCCCACGCGACGACAUCCGACGAUCGCACCGACUCGGACGCUCGCCUAAGCGCUCUGAGGGCCAAAUGCUUCGAAGUCUCCCAAGAUCCUUCGGAUAGUGACGACUGUAUGGAUUUGACCACCUAUGUGUCGCUCAUAGGAAAGCAAAGCAGACUUUCUCAGGAUAUUAUCCCGAUGGAGGAAAGAAUAGAUGGACCGGUAGCAGAGCCCAAGGACAUCUCAUCAGUCAAGGAAAGCUCAGCAGAUCUCCAUUCUCAUCCAACAGAAGAAGUUCUUGUUCCAGAAGAUGCCAUCAACCCCGAUGAUACCUCAAAGGACAACGUUAGCCAAAACAGUGAGGACGCUCCAGUUAGCACCCCCGUGGUCUCCACGCCUUCUUUUCCAUCUUCUUCUCCCAGCGGUCUGGCAAAGGAGGCGUCCCAUCGAGGAGGCGCGGUCAUCUCGAAGAUCAUAAAGCGCUCGUCCUCGGUCAUUUCAGACUCUGGUAUCGAGAGCGAGCCCAGCUCCGUGGCGUGGCCCCUGGAAGCGGUGCUGCGGGCUCCGCCCCCUUUGGAUUUUUCCAGCCAACGGGAAAUUCGCCGGCAGAAAGCGCUCCGUCACCCGGUUCUCCGAAGCUCGUUGGAGGGCCUGCAGAUGGAGAGCAACGGUAGCAUUCCCAGCGGAGGUAUACAGGCCUCGUUGACGUCCAUCAGCUCGUUGCCGUACGAGGACGAACGGGAGCAGAGCCACGGCGGCAAACUAACCAAAUCCGUGUCCGCGCCGCAGAUCAGUAGCCCGGAUGACAAUGGGGACGAGCGCGGGACUCAAAUUCAGGAUGCCUCAAGUCGUUCAGAACAACAAACCCAUUUUUCUCUGAACUCGGAGCCGUCGGAAUCGGCCAUUUUCGACGCGAGUUCUGAAAUGGCAAAUCGUCCUCAGAACCUUUCAGCCGCUCACAAAUCCAGCUCGGCGUUAAAUUGCGAGUCCGCGGAGGGCCCCGGUGGUCCGCUUCCCAACGGCCGCGGGGAGAAUGUAAAUCAUCACAUCGGCGGGGUGAGUGUCUCUGUGGAGGAUGUACAUCUUGCCGCUUUGGAAGCACUUGGUGGACACGAGUUAAGCGCUCGUAAAAACGCAACGGGGCAGCCGAGUGUCAUCAACCUUGAUGAGACUCGUAACCAAGUUGAUUCCUCGCAACCUUGGCAAGGCUCCGAUGAGAUGGCUCGCAACGGGAUACCGGCCAGCCAGAACGAAGCCGCCGAUGAGCCCACGAAAACCUCCAAGGCGCCCAACUCGGGCCUGGCCUUCGUCAAUAAGAAGAUGGUGGAGGUGGUGAACAUGUCGGUGUCGUGCGCGCCUACUUGCCUGCCCUUUUCUAGUGUUCUAAAAGACUCUCCGUCCAUGAGCGGCAUGUCCACUCGCCCGACUACCUCACCUAUCACCAAUCAGCCGCUGGGCUCGUUCGGUAUCAUCUCCCCGACGUUAGCCAACCAGCUCGGCAUUGACCACCAGGCCAACGAGCGCAUGCUGAGUUUCUUCAAAGCCAAAGAGGAGCUUUUUAAAGGGAUGAGCUUCCAAGGCGGCCUAUAUAGCGACCUCCCUCUGCUGGCGUCCGACCUGCCCUACUUCCCUCCCGAGGAGGACGACGAGGAAUUUGACGACGGCAUACACUUGGUGGUGUGCGUGCACGGCCUAGAUGGAAACAGCGCAGACCUUCGCCUGGUGAAGACGUUCAUUGAGUUAGGCCUGCCGGGAUCCCGGCUGGACUUUCUCAUGUCGGAAAGGAACCAGACUGACACGUUUGCUGAUUUUGACACCAUGACGGACAGAUUGCUGGAUGAGAUUAUUCAACACAUCCAGUUGUACAAUCUCACCAUCGGCAGAAUAAGCUUCAUCGGACACUCCCUGGGGAACGUCAUCAUCCGCUCGGUGCUGACGAGACCUCGCUUCCGCUGUUACCUGGCCAGGCUGCACACGUUCCUCUCGCUGUCCGGCCCGCACCUGGGCACGCUGUACAACAACAGCACGCUGGUCAGCACGGGUCUGUGGUUAAUGCAGAAGCUGAAGAAAUCGGGAUCCUUGCUGCAGCUCACCUUCAGAGACAAUAUGGACCCGCGGAAGACAUUUCUUUAUCUCCUCAGUCAGAAACCGGGGCUCCAGUACUUCAAAAACGUAGUGCUGGUGGCGUCUCCGCAGGACCGUUACGUUCCUUUCCACUCUGCCCGAAUAGAGAUGUGCAAAACGGCUCUCAAAGACAAAACCACAGGCCCCGUGUACACAGAGAUGAUCAACAACCUUCUGCAGCCUCUCGUGGAAGCCAAAGAUUGCCGGUUAAUCCGUCAGAACGUUUUCCACGCUCUACCCAACACGGCCAACACGCUGAUCGGCCGAGCCGCCCACAUCGCCGUCCUGGACUCUGAACUUUUCCUGGAGAAGUUCUUCUUAGUGGCAGGGCUGGACUACUUCAAAUAACAUACUGUGGUGAAUAUUUGUGGGUUAGCGAUGCGUGUUUGUGACUGUUUGACGUGCUCACCUAGCGUGAGUGUGACGACUAGUAGCCAUGCAAAUUGUAACAUAAACAUGGAACAUCUUUCCAGCAGAGAUGCUUGCCUUAUCACUAACCUCUCGGCUAAUUGCGCCACGUUCCCUUUGCGGAAAGAAUUCGACUAGCAUUCAUCGCCGUACGAGUAGCCACUUUAUUAGGUACAUCCACGCAACCUCUCGACGUCAAAUGCAAGAUCUCUAUAAGACUUUUUUUUUUUACAUCCCGUUCUGUAGCUUUAAUCAUACCUCUCUCAUUGCGUCAAUCAUAUUUGACUAUUUUCUUGAAAGUAUUAUGUGGCAAUAUCAUUCCGAAAGUCUCAUCUUACUCCUGACUUAUUGAUCUAUAUAAAUAGAGUAUUGAUCGGAUGUCAUUUAACAUACUUAAGAUAAUAUACUAUGCUAACAUGAACAGAGCUAAAUCAAAAUAUCAUCCAUGUGCCCAACCAUGAAUGGAUGGAUACGUCUUAGCAAGUAUAAUCUUGUACUUAAUCGUUGUGUGCAAUACUACUUGAAAUGUUUUUAUAGGCGAGUCACUGUAAAUGUAUGCAUUCAAUAGACACAAGAGACCUAAAUGAACUAAAACGAAAAACAUUGGUGGAACACAAGAUCCCCAAAAUAGUGGUUUGAUGAGUUCAACCUCAAUUACAAUCCACCAAAAACACACACACACACGCACACUGAAACCUUUUGUGGAUAGUCUUUCUCAGAAAAAUGGAAGUUGUAGCUACAAAUAUAUUUUCAUCUAUUGUUGAAUGGUGUCUCAAUAUAUUUGUCCAUUUAUUCAUUCUCUGUAUUGUCUUUUUUGUUGUUGUUGAUGAAGUUUUCAUGAUGUCAUUUGGAUCACUGCCUCAAUUGGAAGGAAGUCUUGUUUGACUUUGCAGGUUUCAUUUCCACUAAUCCUUGGGAAGUUUAUAGAUUCAUAGAUCAAUGCAUUUUCUUUUUUUUAUCCGAUUGCCUUUUCCAGCAAGUCCAUUAUGGGCCCCUUGGGCAGUUUUCCAUCACGCGUGUGAAAAGGUGUUCUCAUUGUCAGGAAAAUCCUUCAUGUAUUUAAAUGAAUGUAAAAAAAAAAAAAAAGUCUAACAUCACUGUGAGCACCAUGUAUUUAUUUCAUCCAAGUUAUUUUGAAAUGUACAAUAUGUAAAGUACAGAGAGAACUACUUCGUCUGUGCCAAUACAGUGCAACUAAACAGAUACAGUAAUAAAAUUGUUUUGCAUCAGGU